AUGGCUCUAUUCUCUUUAUUUCUGGCGUCGAUUUCUUUCUUGGCUUAUGCAUCGGCCCAACUCUCUGGCAGCGUCGGGCCAUUAACAUCUAUCACCAACAAAAAGGAAACGGCACUAUGCAAUGUAGUCGACUACGGUGCCGUGGCAGACAACUCGACCGACCUAGGACCAGCAUUAAAAUCGGCCUUCGAAGCGUGCAUUGAUGGUGGACUUGUUUAUAUUCCCUCUGGUGACUACCUGCUUGAAACUUGGGUCACGCUCUCUGGGGGAUCAGCAUGGGCCUUGCAAAUCGAUGGCAUCAUUUACCGAGGCGGAACAGACGGUGGAAAUAUGAUAUACAUCGAGCAUGCGACAGACUUUGAGUUAUUUUCGUCGACCUCUUCGGGUGCAGUGCAGGGCAGUGGGUAUCUUUACCAUAUUGACGGUAAUAUCUCUGGUCCUAGAAUACUCCGGCUGUAUGAGGUGACCGAUUUUUCUGUUCACGAUAUUGCUUUGACGGACUCGCCAAGUUUCCAUUUCACCAUGGAUACGUGCACGAACGGAGAGGUAUAUAACAUGGCCAUUCGGGGAGGUAAUGAAGGUGGUCUGGAUGGUAUUGAUGUAUGGGGUGACAACAUUUGGAUUCAUGAUAGUCCCGCGGAAAAUAUCUUGGUAGAAGAUAUAUACUGCAACAUGAGUGGCGGCUGCGCAAUUGGCUCGUUGGCUCUAGACACGAGUAUCAGUAAUAUCCAAUACAGGAACAUCUACACUUGGUCUUCCAACCAGAUGAUGAUGAUCAAGUCAAAUGAAGGAAGCGGCACUGUUGAAAACGUCGUAUUUGAGAACUUUAUCGGUAUAUUAUGCGAAAACUUCCUCUUCCUUUGUAUCUUGCUGACUUAUUGGUCUUCCCAAACAGCCGCUGGCGGCGAAGGAGUUACUCUUACUAAUAUUACAUUCUCGAGUUGGACCGGUACAGAAGCCAAUGGCGCUCUCAGGGGUCCCGUUCGCGUAGUAUGCUCCAGUACAAACCCUUGUACCGAUAUCACCAUCAGUGAUUUCGCGAUGUGGACCGAAACCGGGGAUACCCAAUGGUAUCUGUGCGAGAGUGCGUAUGGAAGUGGGUUCUGUCUCAAGCCUGACUCGGGCUCGUUAACAAGCUAUACUACAACCACGACAGUAUCAACAGCUCCCACUGGCUAUUCGGCGCCGACAAUGGCUGCUGAUCUGGCGACAGGCUUCGGAACGACGAGGUCUAUUCCGAUCCCGACGAUUCCGACCAGCUUCUUCCCAGGAGCAACGCCUAUCAGCAGUUUGGCGGCAGAUAUCUACCAUUGA